UUGUUUACAGCCAAUUUACCUGCCUGCCAAUGUGAUAAAAUUUUAUUUUUUAGCACUAGAAGUAGUGGACGAGCUUCAAAUUUCCGCACAAAUUUUAUUAGAAGUUUCGUUAGCGAUUCGGCCGAAAGUAUUCGUUACCAGAUAGAGGAGCAAGUGUUGUCAGAAGAUGCGGAUGUUGAUUUGGUUAAGCUGGCACAAUUUGCUGUUAAAUACCAGCUGCCAAACAGCUUGCGAGUAUCUAUUUGGAAACUACUGUUAGAUGUUGACUCUUGCUAUUCCAAAAUAAAAAAAGUGGUCGCUCAGCAUCGAAAGGAAGAGGCAGAUGUGCUUUUACGGUCAUUAACGGUUAUGCGGGCUCUAACUAAUUUUUCUGCAUUAGCUACGGACGAAACUGCCGAACCGGAUUUGGAAAGUAUUGAUAUUUUAAGAAUGAUUCAACUCGGAGAUGGAAAGGCACUUGUUCGUUCUGCAUAUCCGAAUGAUAUAGCUAAACAGAUGCUCAUCGCUUGUAAGCAGGAGUGGCGUGAUGCAUUUUGGCUUACCAAAAACUUUGAUGAGCUUGUCGCUUCAGUUUUUACGGAUACUGUUCUGCAUAAGACGGCAUGGGAGACAAAGGACAAAUUGCAAGCUAUAAAAAACGAUCCUGCAGUUACCGCUAUAAACGAUAAUAAUUUGUGGAGUCGUAUACCGUUUAUUUUCUGGUUUCGAAGCGUUGGUGCUACCAUGUUUUCUCACGAAGGUGUACUUAAAUUUUGGGACAAAGUGUGUGGCUGUACGAAAGAAGGUUUAGUGAAGCUAAUGAAAGUGACAGUUGAAGCAUAUAUUCUUGAUGCCGCGAGUUUAAUAGUUGAAACUCUUAAAAAUGAUGGGCAGGACAUAACGGAGUUCCAGUUGCCAAAGGAAGCAGAAGUUGCUUUAUUGGGUCGUAUUUUUGAAAGUUUUAUUUCAUCGGGACGGUUCCCUGUCCGCCGUUAG